CGGAAGCGUUGAAGAAGGCGCCGGUGCCCCUCCGCUCACGCGUCACGGAAAUCCCACCCGCAAAAAAACGGUUCCGUUUCCUACCAACAAAGUCUCCUCCCCUUCCCCUUGGCGGUAGCACACGCAUCCGCCGCGGUAGUCCCCUUUCCAAUCUACCUCACCAACGCGCAGAGGAAGCAUCUUCUAUAAUACUCCUUCUAAAGCAGCCCCGCCGCCUCCCGACGGAGCCGAUUCGAUUCGAUCCCGUUGGAAUCUAGCCGGGGUGCUGCCACGCGCGGGGAAGAUGCACAGGAGCAAGGGGAAGCUGUCGGGCGUCCUCAGCAAGGGCUUCAAGCCCGACAAGUGCAAGAUUGCCCUCAAGAUGGCUAUGGCGCGGAUCAAGCUGCUGCGGAACAAGAAGGAGGUGCAGGUGCGCCAGAUGCGCCGCGAGGUCGCGCAGCUGCUCGACGGCAACCAGGACCAGACCGCGCGCAUCAGGGUUGAACAUGUCAUAAGGGAAGAGAAAUUCAUGCAAGCAUAUGACUUGAUUGAAGUGUACUGCGAACUUAUAGUGGCACGCAUGUCCAUUAUUGAUUCACAGAAGACUUGCCCUAUUGAUCUGAAGGAGGCAAUAGCAAGUGUUAUAUUUGCAUCAAUGAGAUGUUCAGAUGUCACAGAACUAGCAGAUGUUCGGAAGAAUUUCACAAGCAAGUAUGGGAAAGAGUUUGCCACAUCAGCUCUUGAAGUGCGACCUGACAGUGGCGUAAACCGUCUGGUAAUCGAGAAGCUCUCAGCAGGAGCACCGGAUGUACAGACUAAAACCAAAACCUUGAGCUCAAUUGCGGCAGAGCACAACAUAAAAUGGGAGCCAAAAGCAUUUGAAGAGCAGAAGCAAAAUGAAGAUCGGAUGUAUGGAUCAACAUAUUCUGGAGGAAACAUUCCAACUUCGGGGUCAUCUGCUUCUAGCGUGCCAACUCCUCAACCUGCAGCAGCUCCCUAUUCAUCUGUUCAACCAGCCACUUCUCGUGUGCCUGCAGGACCUUCUUAUGAAUCUUCUGAAGCUCCAGCUAAUAGAAACCCACAUGGCACUGCCAACUCUAAUGCUUCCACACAGGAAAAUAGAAGGGGUUCGGAUGCUUCAGUGCCUCCUAGCUUCCAACAUGGUGCAGCUACUUAUUCCUCAGCAAAUAUUCCUGGAUCUAACAACUACUCUAAUACUGGGAGUUCAAGUGUUUCUAGACCUCACUCCCAAUUUGGCUCAACAGUUCCAGACCCAGUAUCCAGGACUGAAGAGAUCAACCGGCCUAGGGAAAGGAAGUCUUCAGCUAGUGGUUCCAAUUGGAAUGUAGAAUUCAAGGAUGCAGCAUCUGCUGCACAGGCAGCAGCAGAUUCUGCAGAGAUGGCAAGCAUUGCUGCCAGAGCUGCAGCCCAACUUGCUAGCCGUGGAAACUUCUAUGCAGACCAAGAUACUGGUGCUUGUGAAUCAACUGCUUAUAUGAAUGACACUACACCCAGGAAGCAACAAGCUGGACGUUUGAUGAAGGAUGGUAAGAGUUUUAAUGAGCAGAUUUCAGGUAUUAAUGAUCCAAGGAUGAUCUCAAGUAAUGCAAGAAAAGAUGAAGAAAGAGCAGAAACAAAUCACGUGAGUAGCCAGAAUAUGUCAACUCCUUACUCCUCUCAGCUCCACUCGUAUGCUCCUGAAAGCCGUACUGAUCAUGACAUGCCAACUGAACCACAUCAUGCUCAUUCAUCUGAGCCUCCAUAUUUUAAUGAUUCGUCUGAGCCUCCAUAUUUUGAUGAUUCAUCUGAGAAAGAAAGCAAUAUCAGAAGACCUGAGGAUCACCCAUUUGAUUUGCAUGAGGAAAGGUUGCCAGAUGCUGGAUUUGAUUGGCACCACACCAAGGAUAUAGGAAGCAGGCAAGCUAGCUUUGAUCAAGAGAGCAGGAAUAACCACUAUAGUAAUUUUAGUGCUUCCCACGGUGGCAGCAGUACGUCUUGGGACAACCAGAAUGAUAAAGCUGGAGCUGAUUCUUCAGCUGUUUUAUUCGAUGAAUAUGACUAUGAUGUUCAAAAAGAGAACUUACUGGAUCAUUUCGCUUCAAAACAUACUGAAGAGCUGCCAACUGUGCAGGGCCACAAGGGAUUCUCAAGUGCAGAUUGGAGUAAGCAGCCUAGAAGUGAAUCUCCGGUUGAUCGUAGCACUUCAAAUCUCUUUUCAAGAACAGAAACACAGCCAUCUUAUGAUUUAGGAGCAAACAAAGAGGAUAUUCCCCUGAAUGAUACUAGACCACCUACUUUUGAUUCAGAUGGUGUUAGUUCUGACGAGGAAACAAGUACAGACAUGCAUAUCUUAAGGACCCAUUCAAGAGGAUCUGAUUACUCUGAGAACAAAAUGUUCAAUAAGAAUUCUGGAGAGUUUGUUCCUGAUGUUAAUGAUAGUAUUGAAGAUCAUGAAUCUAGGCCCAGCAAGCAAUACCAGAAUCCACCAGGUUCUGAUGUAUUCCACAAGGAGCAAAACAGUGGCGGUUCACCUAGAUAUGACUAUUUGGGAGCACGGGGGAACUUGGGUCGUGUGCAAAGCAGAGAUUAUGAUCUUUCAGAAGAAGAAACAGAACCACAUAAAUUGGAAGGUACAUCCUCAGGGAUGACAGGAGCAAAUGAGAAUCGGCCCUCGCCUUUCCGCAUUCCAACUUCAGCAACAUCUGAUGACAGCGAUGACGGUGAUGUUGGCCUGAAUUAUGGAAGGUUAACUCCUGGACUAAGAAACAAACUCAGGCAAGGUCCACAAUACAAAAUUUCUGGGGAUAACUUGCGAAAACGGUCCUUAGAAGGAGCUCCUGCCAGCAUUGAAGAAUCAGUGCAUUUCAAAGAGAAUGACACAUCAUCUGAACAGAUGGGUUCAUGCACAACCAAGAAUUCUUUUGGUGCAAAUUACCACAGUGAACAUCUCGAUGGGAGACAUACUGUUGGCAAGCCUGUGGAAUCAAGAUCAUCCAUGACGAGGGAUGACUUAUAUUCAGGUGAUACAGGGAAGUUAUCUGAACGAUCUGGCAGUCCAAUUUCUAGCCCAACCAAGACUUCUGUUAGGGAAAAUUCUAUUCAAGAGCCACAUCUUGAAAGACCGGGUAGUGGGGUGCGCAGGGAAAGUAGAUCAAGAACUGCCAGAACUUUCUUUGAUUCAGAUGAGAGCGAAGAAGAAUUGGAACGACGCCGGUCUGGCCAGACAAAGUUGUCUAAAGCGCAGAUACAAUCACGGAGGACUCGGGAGGUAGCACCCGAUACAAAGAGAGAUGGCCGAGCCCGGGUUGGAGCACAGUAUGCCGUUGAAGCUGAAAGCACGCCAAAAAGCCCUGCUAAAGCAUUCUCCAACUCGAGUACUGAACAAAGAAAAGUGGCACCUGCGUACUCCAGGGUUUCAGUACAGCAGUCUUUGCCAAAUCCUGUGCGCAUUGAACCUCCCGCAGCUAGAGGCAGGUGGCAAGAAGAUGAACCGGAUGGAAGUUCUUCUCCAGAAAACGAGGGAAACACAGAGACCUCAGCAGAGACCCUGAAAGUAAGCACCCCAACAGCUGGUCCUGCCCACGUCCACCCCAAGCUUCCAACAGACUAUGAUUCUUUUGCUGCACAUUUUAAGUCGCUCCGAACUAAUCGCCGUUAGGGAUACACAUACAUGUAUACGGUUUGAGAAACUUCUGUUGAGAUGUGUACAGUAUAGAAACACACUGGUUGGAGAGACUUAUUGUACCCUGGUAUUUUUUUUGUAAGGACACCAAUUCUUUCAUUCUCUUUUGGCCUCAGAUAUACAGCGUCUUUGAUAGGUUAUGUUUUCCUUGUAGUGUUGUAAUAAGCACAUUACGCGCACAGAUGUACACAACCCCGGGAUUUCGUUCAAUUUGUUUGUUUGACUCGA